AUGGAUCCUGAUGUUCUCAACGAGACACCUGAGAUGAUUCACAACGUACCCCAGCCAGAGUUUGAAUCGUUCAUUGCAGACCUUCUCCAAGGCGAUCAGAAUGUUAUAACUAGAAAAGGUGUUGCUUUUGAGUCCUGCGAGCAGGCCGAAAAUCAAGUGAUCACUACCGUCGCGUCGAGGGAUACAAAUGAUACAUACCAAAUUCGCUCAGACUAUGUAUUGGGCUGUGACGGUGCAAAGAGCCAAGUUCGGAAGUGGCUCGGCGUAGAGAGCGAGGGAGAAGAUAGUUACGAAACAAUGAUGACCAUCCACUUCAGUGCAGACCUACGACCAGUAGUCGGGAAGCGAGUUGGCAUGCUGCACUGGAUCACCGACCCAGCCUGCUCAGGGUUCAUCAUCGCAUACGACCUGUCCGGUAAUCAAGUCUUAAUCAGCAACUUUGAUUCAGAGAGGCUGCCGCUGGAGAGCUGGACUGAGGAAAUCGCCCGUGAGACGGUCAGAGCAGCGAUUGGGCGCGACGACGUGCCCUUCGACGUUCUCAGCUACAGGCCAUGGGUCCUGAGCAGAAAGGUCGCAAAGCAGUACCAAGUCGGCAACGUCUUCCUCUGCGGCGACGCGGCACACUCUUUCCCGCCGACGGGAGGGCUGGGACUCAACUCGGGGCUGGCGGACGUGCACAAUAUAGCCUACAAAAUUGCCGCAGUGCUUCAGGGAUGGGCAGGGCCUAGGCUUCUGGAGACCUACACCGAGGAACGUCGGCCUGUGGCUGUAGUGAAUGCAGCACAGAGCGUCAAGAAUGGGAAGCAGAUAUUCUCCUUUUUGAAGGCUCUAGGCACAGCUGGGAUCAAGGACGUCCAAGAAGCGAGGGAAAAUCUGUUGCGGAACAUCCAUACCCCAGAGAAGCAGCAGAUGAUCGCUGAUGAGGUAGAGGGACAGAGAGAGCAUUUCGACAAUCUUGAAAUCCAUAUUGGCUACGUCUACGGAAUGAACAAAGCACCAGCCCACGCAUCACAUUAUACCCCCAAGUUUGUGCCAGGGGCUCGUCUUCCCCAUGCAUGGGUAAGAAUUAAGGGUACCGCGCCACUACCGCCGGUCGACGUCUCUUAUGUCAAGGAGUUCUCGGAACAAGAUAUCAAGUCACGGCAGUAUUCAACACUGGACAUAUGCCCGUAUGAUCAUUUCACACUACUUGUCGGCUCGCGAGAUCAGUGGGCCGAACGCUUUCAGGCGCUGGAAGCUGCGAUGAAGCAGUGUGGUGUCAGGGUAGCCCUCGUUAUUGCUCAUCAUGACUUUGACUUUGUGUACGAGAGACAAGAAGAACUUUUCGCUGCCGAAGGGAAGCUGAGCUCUGGAGGUGGCCUGCUUAUCAGGCCUGACCAGCACAUACUACGUCUCGUCCAGCCAACGGAUUCUGUGCCGUCGAUCGAACAGUCAUUGGUGGAGCACUUGGGUUUUUCAUUUCAAGAUGAAUAA